GUUYGUCUUCCACGUCAUUAGGAAGUAGCGGAGAGCCAGAGGUGCACUUACGGCAUCGGAAGCUCUUCGUUCUUUUCUACYCAUGUAAAUACCUGUUAACUGAUUAUUGAAGGCUGCAUUUGAAGACAAGAACCGUGCAAUAGGAACGUCAACGUUCAUCAAGAUUCCUCUUAAUCGAUACGAGCCCCAGCAGCAAAAAUGACAGCUGCAGAAAACGUUUGUUACACUCUGAUCAAUGUAACAUCUGACUCGGAGCCCCCUUCUGAAGUCAGCCUAAAAACAGACUUAGAGAAGGGAGAGAUCAAAGCAAAGACUGAAGCCCUGAAGAAAGUCAUAAUUAUGAUCCUGAAUGGUGAGAAGUUGCCCGGACUAUUGAUGACUAUAAUUCGCUUUGUGCUGCCACUUCAAGAUCACACCAUCAAGAAGCUGCUGCUUGUUUUCUGGGAGAUUGUUCCUAAAACAACUCCAGAUGGCAAGCUGCUUCAGGAGAUGAUCCUGGUCUGUGAUGCUUACAGAAAGGACCUGCAGCACCCCAACGAGUUCAUCCGGGGCUCCACUCUGCGUUUCCUGUGCAAGCUGAAAGAGUCUGAGCUGCUUGAGCCUCUCAUGCCAGCUAUUCGGGCCUGCCUGGAGCACCGUCACAGCUAUGUGCGCCGAAAUGCUGUCCUGGCCAUAUAUACCAUCUACAGAAAUUUCGAACACCUCAUCCCAGACGCUCCGGAGCUGAUCCACGAUUUCCUUGUAAAUGAAAAGGAUGCCAGCUGUAAGAGGAACGCUUUCAUGAUGCUGAUUCAUGCCGACCAGGAUCGCGCUCUGGAUUAUCUCAGCACGUGUAUUGACCAAGUUCACACUUUUGGGGACAUCUUGCAGCUGGUGAUUGUGGAGCUGAUUUACAAGGUUUGCCACGCUAACCCUUCUGAGCGUGCCCGGUUUAUCCGUUGCAUCUACAACCUGCUUCAGUCUUCGAGCCCCGCCGUUAAAUACGAGGCUGCUGGMACUCUGGUGACCCUCUCCAGUGCUCCCACAGCCAUUAAGGCUGCUGCACAGUGCUACAUUGAUUUGAUCAUUAAGGAGAGCGACAACAACGUGAAGCUGAUUGUUCUUGAUCGUCUGAUUGAACUGAAGGAGCAUCCUACUCAUGAGCGUGUGCUUCAAGACCUUGUGAUGGACAUCCUGCGUGUCCUCAGCACUCCUGACCUGGAGGUCAGAAAGAAGACCUUGCAGCUGUCUCUGGACCUUGUCUCAUCUCGUAACGUAGAGGAGUUGGUGAUUGUUUUGAAGAAAGAGGUGAUCAAGACAAACAAUGUAACYGAGCAUGAAGACACUGAUAAAUACAGGCAGCUCUUGGUGCGAACGCUCCACUCUUGCAGCGUCCGCUUCCCUGACAUGGCAGCUAAUGUCAUACCUGUGCUGAUGGAAUUCCUGAGCGACACUAAUGAAGCAGCUGCUGCUGACGUGCUGGAGUUUGUGCGAGAGGCCAUUCAGAGGUUCGACAACUUGAGACCCCUGAUCAUCGAGAAGAUGCUGGAGGUGUUUCACGCCAUCAAAACUGUCAAGAUUUACAGAGGAGCGCUUUGGAUUUUAGGAGAAUACUGCAGCACCAAAGAAGACAUCCAGAGUGUGAUGACAGAAGUACGCAGGUCUCUGGGAGAGAUCCCAAUAGUUGAGAACGAGAUAAAGAAGGAGACGGGCGAGUUGAAACCAGAAGAUGAAGUUAGUGCGGCUCCAGCUCAGAAGUUAGUCACAGAGAUGGGCACCUAUGUGACACAGAGUGCCCUGAGCUCCUCCAGGCCUUCAAAGAAAGAUGAGGACAGACCUCCACUAAGAGGCUUUUUGAUGGAUGGAGACUUCUUUGUGGCGGCGUCUUUGGCCACCACACUAACUAAAGUGGCUCUGCGCUACGUUUCCAUUGUUCAAGACAAAAAGAAGCAAAACUCCUUCGUCGCUGAAGCCAUGCUGAUAAUGGUCACUGUGCUGCACCUGGGCAAGUCCUCCCUGCCCAAGAAGCCAAUUACAGACGACGACGUGGACCGCAUUUCGUUAUGCCUGAAGGUCCUGUCAGAGUGUUCGCCCCUUAUGAAUGACAUUUUCAACAAGGAGUGCCGCAGAUCCCUGUCGCACAUGCUGACUGUCAGGCUGGAGGAGGAGAAGCUGUCUCAAAAGAAAGAAUCGGAGAAACGUAACGUGACGGUGCAAGCAGACGACCCCAUCUCCUUCAUGCAGCUCACAGCCAAAAAUGAGAUGGCCUCUAAGGAAGACCAGUUUCAACUUAGCCUGCUGGCUGCUAUGGGGAACACUCAGAGGAAGGAAGCUGCUGACCCUCUCGCAUCAAAACUCAACAAGGUGACCCAGCUGACAGGAUUCUCAGACCCGGUGUACGCUGAAGCCUACGUUCACGUCAACCAGUACGACAUUGUUCUGGAUGUGCUGGUGGUCAACCAGACAAGUGAUACUCUUCAGAACUGCACCCUCGAGCUGGCCACUUUAGGAGAUCUGAAGUUAGUUGAAAAGCCCUCCCCUCUGACGCUGGCGCCUCAUGACUUUGCAAACAUCAAGGCUAAUGUCAAGGUGGCUUCUACUGAGAAUGGCAUAAUAUUUGGCAACAUUGUCUAUGAUGUGUCUGGAGCUGCAAGCGACAGAAACUGUGUUGUCCUCAGCGACAUCCACAUUGACAUCAUGGACUACAUCCAGCCAGCCUCCUGCACAGACGCAGAGUUCAGACAGAUGUGGGCGGAGUUUGAGUGGGAAAACAAGGUGACGGUGAACACCAACAUCAUUGAUCUGAAUGAAUACCUCCAGCACAUUCUCAAAUCUACCAACAUGAAGUGUUUGACUCCAGAAAAGGCACUCUCUGGCUUCUGCGGCUUCAUGGCUGCCAACCUUUAUGCUCGUUCUAUCUUCGGAGAAGACGCCCUGGCUAAUGUCAGCAUCGAGAAGCCUAUCCACCUGGGGCCCGAGGCACCUGUCAGUGGCCACAUACGCAUUAGAGCCAAAAGUCAGGGAAUGGCUCUGAGUCUGGGUGACAAGAUCAACCUCUCCCAGAAGAAAUCAAAUAUUUGAAACAGCUGUCGUUCUGUUGUGUCGCCUAUCAACAACUUCUUUUUUUUUCAUCACAAAUAAAAGUCAUCAGUCAACUACA